UGAUAAAAUUGUUGCGUAAAUUUCUGUAAGUGAAUCAAGCAGAAAAUAAGUUCCCCACUACCCCCUUUAUAUCGAAGCAGAAGCAAUGAGAUAACGGUUCCAGGUGCGAAUCAACACGCCUAGGUAACCGCUGCCGUCGCAGAUUCAAUUCUGACCGUACAGGGCACAAGACCAUAUUCGUGAGCUCAUGGCUAACGGGUCUCCCGUAGGCGUAUAAGACACAAUAACAAGAUCUUGGCGCGCGCUCCUCCAUCAUCUCAUCAUUCUUGGAACGGCUUCAGUCAAGCAACUUGUGGACAGUUUAGAGGCAACAGCAAUGAGCAGCUACUCGAACGACGAGAGCGAAUCGCGACCUGAGUUAUCUCCAACAUCACCAGGAUUCGGAGAAUGUGGAGCAAGCGAGUGUGUGAAACUAGGUGUCAGUUAUAACCGAUUGGCCGCCAUAUCAAGUGGAACCACCAGUUGUUUACCACUAAUCGAACUACCAAAGAAGAAAGUCGAUUUCAGUUCGGCAGAGGCUAUUAUACGACCUCUUUCUAUCCACGGUGAGCCUUGGUCGAACCUCAGCGCAGAACUAAGCAGACGACAGAGCACGCCGCCUGACGUCACCGUUGUGGGGGAUGUCAUCGUCGAGCCUCCUGCCCCAGUUGAACGACGUGGCCGAAUAGUUCAAAUUCAACGCCACUUUAAGAAAGCAUUCACUCGUCUUCGGAAAGUUUUCACCCAACCUUCUGGCACCACAAUAAACAAAUCUGAAGCCUCGGCUGCUGUGAUUUUGCCUGUCAGACAACGAUCUCUGGUUCGAACUGAUUCCAGUGUAACGCACGCCAAACGACUGGCAGCUAAACGUAAGCGUCCUAAUGUGACGAACACUGAACUUGCGGAUACGGAAUGGAUCCGCCAGUUUCAGUUGCAAAAGUUAAGCACAGAAUGCGAGCCGGAGAGCAACGAAAUUACGUCUGAAUUGCAGGAAAUUUUUGAUCAGUUAACGGUGAGCGUAAACAAGAGACCAAGACUUGAUUCAACAGAACCUUACGUAUGUCGAAUCCGUUCCUGUUAAUCGGGUCGUGGUCUUUUCAUUCGGAUCGCGUACGAUUGAAUAGUGAAGAGACAAUUUGUAUUAACUUACAUUUGAUUGAUGUUACCCUUCGGUUAGUAUCACCCAUUCCUACCUCACUGUUACCACGAUCAGAAAUUGCAUUAAUUUUUUGAAAAUUGAUUAUUCGUAUUUUAACAGUUAUUGCUUAAGCGUACAGCUGUAUCUGACCACCAGCAAGUCAUAACGAAGCGAGUCACAAAGCUAUUCGUUAAAAACGACGCGGGUUAUUGCGUUAAUUGCACUUUGUGAUAAGCGUGUGUGCUCUUGAAUCCAAAAAUUGCUUUUGUGAUUUCA